CUAAAUUAAUUUCAAGGCGUUAAUCGAGAACACAUGGAGUUUGAGCAAGGUGAAGCUCUUGAGCCAAUGAGUCCUAGUGCCCAAUAUUUGAAAAGCUCAGUGUUAUCACUAACUAUUUUAGGCAUUUUGGAAUCAGAAGUUCCCAUUGAUGAUUCCGUGACAAUGCCACUCGUCAAAGAUGUGUUCUUACCCAUAAAUCAUCGGUUCUCCUCAAUCAUGGUUUCUGAGAAGAGAGGAGCAAAGAAAUGGAAGAGGGUGGAGGUAAAUCUAAACGAUCAUGUAGAGAUGCCUGUUUUCCCCACUGGGAGGUCAACAGAUUAUUAUGAUGAGGUCUUCAAUGACUAUUUAUCAAAACUUGCAAUGGAACAAUUUCCUCCAAAUAGACCUCUGUGGGAAAUUCACAUAUUUAAGUACCCAACAAAAAAUGCAGCGGGAAAUGUGAUAUUCAAGCUUCACCAUUCACUUGGAGAUGGCUAUUCUUUGAUGGGAGCCCUUCUCUCCUGUCUACAAAGAGUUGAUAAUCCUUCUCUUCAAUUGACAUUCCCUUCGCGUCAGUCUAACUUCCAGCAUAAUCGUAACAGCCAUGGCUUUUGCCAGCGUGUGCCCCGUUUUUUUUCAGGGUUUAUUAACACUGCUUAUGAUUUCGUAUGGAAUGUCUUGAAGAGCAGUUUGAUUAAGGAUGACAAAUCGCCUAUUAGAUCCGGGGAUGAUGGAGUGGAGUUUCGGCCAAUUGCUAUAACUACUACUACAUUUUCCAUUGAUCACAUCAAACAAAUCAAGGACAAGCUUAAAGUGACACUUAAUGACGUGAUUACUGGGAUAAUCAUAUUCGGAAACCGAUUAUACAUGCAAAAAGUGAAUGAAGAUUCACGCAAAGCCAAAUGUACAGCACUUGUAUUACUCAACACUCGAGCCACUGUCGGUUAUAAAUCAGUGAGUGAGAUGAUCAAACCCAAUGCAGAAAUGCCAUGGGGCAAUCGUUUCGCAUUCUUACAAGUUCCUAUUCCGAAGUUGACUGCUUCUGAUUUAAACAACCCACUCAAAUUUGUCAAGAAAGCACACCAACUGAUAAAAAGGCAAAGAAAUUCUGCAGCAGUUUAUCUAACUGGCCAGUUUCUUGAUGCCAUCAGAAAAAUUAGAGGUCCUGAGGCAACUGCACGAUGCAUAUGCAACACGUUAAAGAAUUCGAGCAUGGGAAUAUCAAAUAUGAUAGGACCUGUGGAACAAAUGGCUAUAGCUAAUCAACCAGUUAAAGGAUUGUACUUUGCAGUGGUAGGGGCACCUCAGAACCUUUCAGUAACAGUGAUGAGUUAUGUGGGAAAGCUGAGAAUUUGCUUGGCUGUGGAGAAAGGUUUCAUUGACCCUGAUAAGUUCAAGUCUUGUCUCGAAUAUGCCUUGGAGGCCAUUUCGAAAGCAGCAAUAGAAUCUCCUCCUCAAACAAAAUUAUAGGAGGCUUUAGAAUUAUUCAAGUCAAGUUUCUGACUUCAUUUUAAUUUUAUUAAAAAUAAGAGCCCAUUUCAUAUACUAAAUAAUUUAUAGUCGAGUAUUGAUUCGACUAACAGUUAUCAAGUUCGAUCCAAUAAUUAUGACUGCAUAUGUUAAACUCGACAAAAUUAAACCAGUUUAAAGAAGAUUUACACGUG